AUGGCCAAUACUGAUCAGUACGAUUACUUGAUACAAUCCUGUACUUAUAAUAAUAAAUACCGCUUUGUCGAUCAGAAUAGCUGUCUGGUUUGCGACAAAUUUUUCCUGCAGAUGUGGGAAAAUGACAUGUAUCAGUUGGAAGGUGCAACGAAACGUACGUUUAUCCAUUUCAUGCCACCAGAGCCGCUCACUCGUCUCGAGUGCAACAUGCGCAUACUGCAUUGCUGCGGAUGUGCUGAAAGAGCCUGUGAAAGGAAAAUUUUACCGGCUUUGGUUACUUAUCCGCAGAAAGCGAUCAACUUAGCAGUCAUUAAUGAGCAAGCAACAGGAAUUUUUGCCACUUCGGCAGCCAGUUGGCCGUGGUGGAUUUGGCUCCUCAUUCUUUUGGGAGUCAUCCUCCUUCUUUGCUUAUUACCCCUACUUUUGUUGUUAUGUUCCCAAUUACGCAUACGCAACGGGAAGAUAUCAGAUUCAAAAGACACAGUUCCACAAUCGAAUUCAGCCAAAGUUUCAAAUAUUCUUGUUCGAACAAAAGAAAUGGAAGGAAGUGGUGCUUCAGAGAAGAGCUUAAGAAAGCCAUCGGUACUACCACCACCACCAUCUACCCGAAUAUUCCGUACUCCAUCUGAUUCACCAUCUGAAAUUGCUCAUUCAACUGCAAGUCAGUCUCGGAUUUCGUUUGUCAUCAAGCAACAACAACCUCACACGUCCUGGGCAGAAAGUAUCACCCGAAAUAAGAUGGAAUCGAGACCAACGUUAGGACGACAUAUGGAAACACGUCAUUUGGAAAGUGUAAUCGAAGAAUGCGGGGACGUGGGCAAGUACGAAAAGGUCACGGGAUCAGAAAGUAAAUUCAGAUCCAGUCCAAAUAAGUACCACAUUGGUCAGUUGGAUCCCGAAAGGGUGAUGCAUCAGCAAACUACCUGCGAAGAGAAAUUUUUCAGGAAAAGCAAUCGUCAAAAUGAAAUGCUUGAAGAAGGUUACGACUAUGCUCAGCUUACAUAUAUUACACCUGAGAGAUAUUUCUUCCAUUCCUAA